UUAUUAUUUAUUGGCUAAGUAAUUAAAAUAGACUAAAUGCGUUUUCAAGAUUCACUUCUUUUACAACAACUAAAAGCAAAACGACUGAUAAAUAAAGAAUAAACGAGUGUCGGGUGCGCCAUUUUAAUUCAUGGCAGUCGUAUCGCGACAAUCUAUCUUCCAAAAUGCUAAUAAAUCAAUGGACUCCGAUGUUUUAGAAACUAUUGAUGGCCACAUUGACACAGUUAAAAAAUAUAAGUUGCUAAUCUCUUGUUAUGAAAGUCCUACUGCAAGAACUUUUUUCGCACGUUUUAUAAACAAUUUAAAUUCAUUUUGUAAACGCUAUGAUUGUGUCACAAUAAUCAAUAAUCAAGAGUUUUUUGCGGUUACAAAUCAGGUUACGAAACCAGACGAUCAGGAUACGCAGGUAGAAGAUGAUGUUGCAGAAACAGGUGCAAGAUGAAUAAGCGGUUGACGGUAUUCUAGGAAGACUUUUGAUUAUGCAUAAACCAAAGAAAACAGUGAACCAAAAUAUUUGUUUAUGAGUUUAUUAAUUUUAUUAGUAAUCUUUGACUUAAUCUUAAUGUAAUCUUUUAUUUUAUGCUGAGUUUUGUCGAACGUUGUUUUGACGUUUAAUAGAUGUUGGUGUGUUUAUUAGGUAUAGUCAACGGUGAUGGUUCAUCGGUGUCAAGCAUCCUUUCACUGAGAAGACCUUUCGCUGACUUUAUCUUUCUCGAAACAUUUAUGCUUUUUUUGUUUGUUGUGUUUUAACAAAUCCCUUGAAAUUAGUUUAGGCUUUAAUUUCAGGUUGUUG